AUGCAGCCAACAUACGGCAGUUGCCACAACAACAAUAGCAACAACAACAACAGCAGUAACAGCAGCAGCCACAACAGCAAUUGCAAUCAGCAAAUCAGCAACUACAGCAAUAACAAUAACAGCAACAACAUCAGCAAUAGCAGCAACAGCAGUGGCAGUGGCAAUCAUAUGAGUGCAGGCAGUUUCUUUGGCGGCGGUAGCGGCAGCAGCAGCUCCACCAGCAACAGCAACAGCAACAGCAAUACGGACUAUAUGGCCACAUAUGCAACACCGGCGACAGCAGCAACAUCCACGGUGAACACUACCACGAUGCUGUCUAAUUACUGCGAUGCCGCGACCAUGAUGAUGGCCGCUGCAGUCAAUGCAAAUCAGUGCCUGCAGCAACACCACCAGCGCAUGUUGCUGGCGAGCAGCAACAGUGGCAGCCACAGCAACAACGAUCAUCAUCAUCUGAGCUCGGCUGCAAUACCUUCCUCGUCUUCGGCUGGAUCGCUGUCAUCUGCCUCAUCGACGCCAACAGCAACUGCAACAGCCACGGCAAAUGCAACAGCAACUGCAACAGCCUCCCAGCAACAUCAGCAGCAGCAACAGUCGCCGCCAAAUUUAAUCGAUAUCAGCGAAGUUCCUCUCAUUGUGGAUGUCAAGUAGUGUAAUUAUUUAUGCAUCUAGAAAUGGGGCUAAAAAAUCAACCUUGUAGAUACCCCGCCACCCCUUAAAGCCCACAAAAAAAACCCAAAAAAAAAUCUAUAUAAAAAAAAUCUAAAAGAAGAGAAAAAAAAUCGAAACUCGAAGAGCCCCGUAGCUUAAUUUCCUAAUAUUUUCACUAUAUUGUUCUUGAUGUAAUUUUGUACAUAACUUUCCCCCGAAAAUUUCAACUUUCUCUAGGCCGCUGCAGCUUUUGAAUCUCAGCUGACAUAUCCCAGAGAACUUUUAAAGUUUUAUCCCAAAACGGCGGUCGUUCAUGUCUAUAUAUAUAUAUAAAUGUGUAUAAUAAUUAUAUGGCACUGAGUUCUACUUAAUUUUAAAAAACAGGCAGAAGUUUAAGGAAAAUUAAAUACGAAACAAAACAAUCUCUCCCUCUAAAAAAGACAAAAACAUAAAGUUAGUUGAAAUAUUUAUAUAUGUAAUGUAGCAUAUGCACAUACUUCGCAUAUAUGGAAUAUAUACAUAUAUAGAUGAAACUCUACUCCCAGUGGUUUGCAGAAAUAUACCAAAAAUUUUAAGCUAUGUUUACUUGAUGUGUGGCAAUGUUUUGUGUGCUUUAGCAAUUUUAUUUUUACUUUAAGUAAAAUUUAAAAUCAAAUUUUAUUCUCGACAUUGGUUUCCACUUGGAGUGCAUCUCAAAGAUGCCACCCAGGAGGGGAACGUUUUUCGUUUACAAAUGAAUCCCAAAUUUAGCGAAUUUUUUAUUUAGUAAUCAAAACGAGUAAAAUACAACAUGUUCAGUGCAAGUUUCAGUUUUUAAACAAUUUUUUCGUAAGUUUAAGCAUUAUCUUAUUUAUGUGUAUAGAGUAUGAAAAGUUUUCUAUAUUUUGUAAUAAUAAAAUUUGCGUUUAUAAUGAA